AUGAUGGUUCAGGCAGCUUUCGAUCUAUCCGAGCGUGUGGUCGCUCGCAUCCGUGCGCUUGGCGAAAAUGGCUCCCCUGAGUCGAUAAAGAAAUUGGAAGAUCAGCUGGAAAAGUGCUUUGAAAUACGAAAGCAGGACCUUCUUCUGUCGGUAGAACCAUCGAAUACCAACUUCUUCACUUUCGAAACAACUAAGGCACGCCGUCAGUGGAAAGAGAUCAAAGAUCUGGUACAGUCUUGUGGGACUCAUGAAGAGUUGUUUAAGUCAAUGACAACCUACAUUAGAGAGCUCUAUGCUACUACUGGUGAUUCAAUGCUAUGUUCACUGAGGUACGAACUGAUUAUGGCUGCGCACGACGCUGGUAUUGAGAGCUUAGUCAAAUCGGAUCCAUGCCAUGACUUUGCUUGGUGCUUGGAAGCAUGUAUGAGGGAUAAACACCUUGAAAGCCAUCAAACGGCAAGGUUAAGGCAUAUGCUGGAUGCGUUCUUGAAGUCACCUAUCGAGGUUUGUUUGAUAAAUAAAACAUGUCUCCGAAUUGUUUACAUUUCUUCUAGAGUAUUGUUGAUUUGGCCAUGAUA